AUGUUCUCUGUUGGGACGGUAUGUCGUGCCGCUCUUGCGUCACACCGACCGGUGCUUGCUUCAUCUGUUUCUUCCAGAGGCAUUGUAAAGCGUCUUGUGGGUGAUCGAGGGAACCGGACUCCAAAUAUUAGUGCUAUCAAUUCCAUCAUUACAAAGACCAAAGGCCAAGGGUUGCCUGGAACAGCAAGUGUGGUGGGAAGGGCUGCGUUCUACGUGCGUUGCAAGAAUCCAGAGGCUGCAAUUGAGGAGAUUGACAAAAUCCUCCCUGAGAUUAAGGACAGCGACUUAAGGCGCCUUGCAAUUGGAAUUCGUCUUCAAGCGAGGAAUGACGUUUUGGAUAUGAAGGAGGCAGCACUGCGAGUGGACGGGGGAACAACAGAGAUAGACGUGUCUACACUGCGCUCCGCACUUCGUCAAGACUAUGAAGACUUGAAAGCAGCUUCUCCUGGAUGCUGGUUAGUUGAGAUGGCUGCGGCUGAGUAUUGUCUCUAUGAAGGGGAUGCGGAAAAGGCCUACGACACCUUUCGUGGUAUAGAAGCAAAAAUCAAGAAUUUUAUUGCAUCUUUGGGAAAGGCCAAGAUUUCCACGGAAGUGGCUUCUGGCGAGAACAUAUAUCCACCCUCAUUGUUGGCUUUUCAGCUGACUCGUGCUCAUGACACCAAAGGCUUGAAACCCUCCGCUUCAAAACUGCUGGAAGAAAGUAUUAAAAGUAUUGUGGAAGAUGAGUCACUUCAAAUUACAUUCUCUACAUUCAAGAAGGAUCUUGGAAUCUCUGUAACAGACGAAGAGGCUGUUGAAUUAGCCUACAUCCUUGAGGCGGCGCACAUCCACCACCAUUUUCACGAUUACUUUCCGUUGGAUGGCGAGUACAAUGAUUGGGGGUCCGAAAAGGCAAAGGAAAUCAAGGAAGGGAUCAUUCACAUCCACGCCCCCAGUUCAGCCGCUCUUGAUGAUGAGAUGCUUGAGAAGGUAAGGAAGUCGGUCCCACCUCAGCCGUUUUACGCCCCUGAAGAAGAACUACGAAAGUUUCUCUCUUCUUCGUCCGGAAGCAAAAACCACCUUGCUGAACUCCGCGCGAAAUUCGGUCCUGGCCCAGAGGGCAUUCUUGCAAAGGCUGAUGAAUCUUACUUUGAAGCCAUGAAGGUCUUGAAGGCCGCCCCAGUUUCUGCCAACGCGGCUGGUGACGAAUCAUAUGCUGUGGGGCAAAACGAGAUAAGUCGUAAACUGGCACAGCAGCUUCUGUACCGGACACAGGUCAGCGCUGCAGUUGCUUUGACGCAGUUGGACCGUCUCACUGAGGCUAUGGAGAUCUUGAAUAAAGUGAUCAGAGCAAACGAAUACAUUUACAUGUGGCGUGCCUAUCUUGCGAGGGGAGAGGCAAAUAAGAGGCUGGGACUCAUCAGCAAUUCCGACAAGGACUUCCGUCAGUUGUCUGGGUUGAAGAAGAGUUUGUGUCAUGACGUCUAG